AUGAAUUACCUUACGAAUCCCUUCCAUCCCUCUGCCGACUGGCGGGUUUCGAUUUACGGCACUGAAGGCGAAAUUGUCUGGGGAUUGUACGUCGCCAAUCUUAUCCUCAGUGUCAUCACAACUAUCGUUUAUUCUGGGUUGUUAUACUACUUGGUCAUCGUAAAACGUCGGCCGAUAUAUAAGUUUGAGGAUGGGGUAUUCAAACCGCGUCCGAUGGAGGCAUAUGUGGCAAGCGUAACCAUAUUUAUCAUAGGACGGACUGUAUUUUGCGCUAUGAUGAUUUCGGGCACCCUGGGAUAUGGGGUAGUUUCCAAUGAAGGUUAUAUUAUGGAGGCAUUUCAUGAAUGGCCAUGGGGAUUUGGCUACGGCGGUAUCGCCUUAUAUCUCAUCGGAAUAAUUUUUGCGACACCCGAAACCAUCAAUGAUCCCACAAUGGCGAAAAUAUACCUGCCUUCUGGACUUCAGAUGAAUAUCUUCACCUUGCUCAUGGUUGUGUUACCGGCUAUUCUCGCUAACACGUUGGCUGGCAUUGCCGGUCAUUACUUUGACACCAAUAAUAUGGACAAGGCGCUGAAGCUGACAGCAGCUCAUUACUGGAUUUGGGCCCUCUGGAGCUUCUUUCUGAUGCUGGCCUUCUGCUUUUUCGGUCGCCAGCUCAACCGACUCCUAGCUGCAAAUAUUUCCCAAAUGAAACAAAAAGCCUCAGGAGGGCGCAUUGACAACUUGGAGGCUGCUAGGCGCAAACUUCUAUACGUCACUGCUACCCUCAUUGCUAUCCUCGCUUCCUAUGUGUUUGCCAUCGUAGCCUACGCAACCUGCCAACGGCAGAUCUUAAUGCUCUAUGCUCCCCUGUCUAUUCUCUUUUGUGUGCUGUGGAACUUUUGUGCGCCGGUCUUGAUGGUGGUUGUCUCAGCUUUUAUCAUUUACGGAAUCUACAAGACCGACAUCAAUCCUGCUCCAGCUAGGAAAGCCACCAUUAAAUCCGGGUCUGGCACCGCAGAGUCUGCAGGACAGGGAACAUCCGAUGGCGACAAAUCAUUCGGCGGACCAGCAGGGUCUGUAUCGCGGCAGUGUCCUAGUACAGCGGGGGAGAAGCACGCGCGUCCUAUCGCUCCGUUGGGUGUUUUGUCAAAAUCAUUUAACUUGCAGAUUCUCACCAUGCGUGCCCAAGCGCUCCUCCUUUCGGCGGCCACGUUCUGUCUAUUGGCCUUGAACCCCGCCGCCUCUGCUCCCGUAGACCAGAUCCCUUUGUCUGAUGUCAGUGAAAAGCGCCUCAUAUCUUUAUCUGAAACGGAGGCACAAUGGAUGACCGAAGAGGAGGUUUUUGGCCUCAUCCGUGAAGGUCAGAAGUUCAUCGAUAUCACGGACGGAGAUCUGGAUUUUGAAAAUGAUCGACUUGUGUCUACUUCCCGUACGGAGCUUCCAAAGGCCCCCGUGCAACAAUCCAUCGUGAAACAAGUCAUUGACCAGAUAUCUGAGUCCUACAUGAAAGACUUUCUCACUAGGCUGACGGGAUUCACCACCAGAUACUACAAGACGUCUAGUGGCAAAGCCGCCUCCGAAUGGAUCUUUGAUCAGGCCCAAGAAGAAGCGAACAAGGCAAACGCCGCUGGAAAAGGCCUCAAUGUCUCGGUAACGCAAUUUGCUCACCCAUGGCAACAAUCUUCAGUCAUUGCUCGCAUCAAUCCCGUCGCUUCCGCCACGGAAGAUGACGGCAUUGUGAUUAUUGGUGCGCAUCUCGACUCGGUGAACCAAUGGAACCCUUACUGGGGCCGCUCACCCGGCGCUGAUGAUGACGGCUCCGGUACUACCACUACAUUUGAAGCUUUCCGGCUUAUUCUUGAAAACGGGAUCGUUCCAUCACGCCCAGUUGAAUUUCACUGGUAUUCUGCCGAGGAAGGCGGGCUUCUUGGGUCGCAAAAGGUGGUUCGCAAGUACGCUGACGAAGGUGUCAAGGUGGUCGGUAUGAUACAAGUAGAUAUGACUGGAUACAAACCGCCGAAUAAGAAGGAGAUUGUUGGAAUUGCGACGGACUUCAUCGACGAACCGCUUAGGAAAUUCUUGCAAACCAUUGCUAAGGAAUAUUGCGGCAUUCCCUGGGGUGAUGUGAAAUGUGGAUACGGAUGCUCUGACCACGCAUCUUGGACACGCGCUGGCUACCCGGCAACAUUCACUUUUGAGGCGCCCUUCGACCAGUCGAGUCCAUAUGUGCACACAUCUGGCGACGAUAUUUCUCACAUCUCAUUCAGCCACAUGAAGGAGUUUGUGAAGCUCGUCCUCGCCUUUGGUAUUGAACUUGGAUUGGGCAAAUAGGUCUCUAGAAGGUAGCAUCCAUAUGAAUAGACUGAUUAGUGGUAUAUUACGAGACACGAAAGCAGCGAAAUAUCUACUGAUCCACCUACUAAAUGCAUCGCGUCCCAUGACUGAAAGGGUGGACUGAUUUGUCCUGUAAAGAUACGUGUAUUACAAAGAUGGACGAUGCAAGAUGGAUAGCUUGGCAUCGGAGAAGGUGGAUGAUAUCAAAAAAAAAGAAAAAUAUAGAUAAAAAAAAUAGGCGUCAUCUCUAUCAAAUCCAUGCCACCCAUUCCCCAUUUCAUCCGCUA